GCCAAGUUCUUUUGUGAGGAGCCCUAUGUUGAAAAGUUUGGAUCCCCAUUUUUGUUCCCCAAAUACAAACCUGUCACGUCCAUUUCUUCCUUGCUUGACUUCAGGUCAAAAAUACCAAGAAUCAUCAAAUUCGGUCCAUCGGAUCUUUCUUUAUUCCUUAUUCAAUUACUGAAGUCAUUUUCAAUCUCAAUCACACAACAAAUUUGCAUAGACAUGCUUUUUCGAUUUUGUUUCGAAUUAUUAGCCAAAGAAAUGCGCAAUUUCCCUCGCUUCUUGUGAGUUGUGAUCCAUCGUCAUUUUUAAAAAUCGUCUUCUGUAGAUUUCGUUUGUUUUGUUCUCCGUUAAGAAUUUGGGUUUCGGGUCGGAGGAGAAUUUGUUGAUUGGUUUAAUUAGGGUUUUUGGUGAUUUCUUGAUUGAUUUUCUGAGAUGAAUAACAAUGGACGCGGAGGAGGAAGAUAUCCACCGGGAAUUGGGCGUGGUGGUGGUGGAAAUUAUCAGGGAAAUACCAACCCUAGUUUCCAGCAACAGAGAAAUUAUCAACAACAGUAUGCACAGAGGAAUCCGAUACAAAACCAACAGUUUCAACAGCAACAACAGUGGUUAAGAAGAAACUCAUUGGGAAACCAUUCAAGCGCCACGGUUGAAGUGGAAAAGACCAUGCAGUCAGAAGGGAAUGAUUCUAGCUCUCAAGAUUGGAAAGCACAGUUAAGACUCCCACCAGCAGACACUCGAUACAAAACAGAGGAUGUGACAGCUACUAAAGGAAAUGAGUUUGAAGACUACUUUCUUAAGCGUGAUCUUCUUAUGGGGAUAUAUGAAAAGGGUUUUGAAAGGCCUUCUCCAGUUCAAGAGGAAAGUAUUCCAAUUGCUCUCACUGGAAGCGAUAUUCUUGCAAGAGCUAAAAAUGGGACAGGAAAAACAGCCGCCUUUUGCAUUCCUGCUUUAGAAAAAAUCGAUCAAGAUAAAAAUGUUAUUCAAGUUGUUAUACUUGUUCCAACACGAGAAUUAGCUCUUCAGACAUCACAAGUCUGCAAAGAACUUGGAAAACACUUAAAUAUUCAAGUAAUGGUUACGACAGGUGGAACCAGUUUAAAAGAUGACAUAAUGAGAUUGUAUCAACCUGUUCAUUUGCUUGUUGGUACCCCUGGAAGAAUUCUAGAUCUUACCAAAAAAGGAAUCUGUAUUUUGAAAGAUUGUGCAAUGCUUGUCAUGGAUGAGGCGGAUAAGCUGUUGUCGCAGGAGUUCCAGCCUUCGAUCGAGCAGCUGAUUCAGUUUAUGGCACCAAACCGCCAAAUUUUAAUGUUUUCAGCAACUUUUCCGGUGACUGUUAAAGAUUUUAGAGACAGAUACUUAAGGAAUCCGUAUGUUAUCAACCUCAUGGAUGAGCUCACUCUUAAGGGAAUCACACAAUUUUAUGCUUUUGUUGAAGAAAGACAGAAAGUUCACUGCCUUAACACUCUUUUCUCUAAGCUUCAAAUCAACCAAUCAAUCAUUUUCUGCAAUUCUGUGAAUCGGGUGGAGCUUUUGGCAAAGAAGAUUACUGAACUUGGUUACUCUUGUUUCUACAUUCAUGCAAAAAUGCUUCAAGAUCAUCGGAAUAGGGUUUUUCAUGAUUUCCGUAAUGGUGCAUGCAGGAAUCUUGUUUGUACUGAUUUAUUUACACGGGGUAUUGAUAUACAAGCAGUAAAUGUUGUUAUCAAUUUUGACUUUCCAAGAAAUUCAGAAACAUAUUUACACAGAGUUGGUCGAUCUGGGAGAUUUGGACACCUUGGAUUAGCUGUAAAUCUAAUCACAUAUGAAGACCGCUUCAAUUUGUAUAGGAUUGAACAAGAGCUUGGAACUGAGAUUAAGCAAAUUCCUCCAUUCAUUGAUCAAGCUAUUUAUUGUCGUUGAUUGACUCAACUAAUUGGAGUCUUGAGAACUUGAUGUAUGGUCAACACAAGGGUAUCUAUAUCUAGGUGAAUGUGGAGGGGCAAGCGAUAUGAAGACACAGUCACAGUCACAGUCGUUUCUUUAAGAAAUCCAUCAUCUCGAAACUAGAAUGCCUUAUUUGAUUGUUUUUAAAUGGAAGAUUUAGGUCAUUUUGCUUUAAAAAGAAUCCAUCAUAUUCACUAACAAUCUUGGUUGCAAAAAAGUUAUGUUUCGAGUUC